GAAAGGAUGCCCUUUUACAAUGUGCUGAUGCAUGGGCACAGGUUCCUUGGAUCAGCAAAAAGAACAGAUCUCAAAUCUACUAUAGGGGUUAUGCCCCUUCCAUACAACAUCAUCAAUAUGUCCAUCAAAGUGCAGACCUUCAUUCCAAACAUCCAAGGAAGGACUUGGCCGUUCAUUUGAAGCCUGGAGGGGAGUGGGGUAAUAAUGACCUAAUAAAGCAAUGGGACACUUGCACUUUUGGUGAUGUUUUUACGACCACUCUGGCAUCGCACUCGCAUCUUCCCUCUCACCCGUUCUUUCUUUUUCCGCACUGUUACCAUGUCUUUACCGAAAACAGACCAAGAGUGGAGAGUCAAGUUGACGCCCGAGCAAUUCCGCGUGCUACGGCAGAAGGGGACCGAAGCACCUGGAACGGGAGAGUACAAUAAGCAUAAGGCGGACGGUGUGUAUCAUUGUGCUGGAUGCGAUGCACCCUUAUAUAAAUCAAGCACAAAGUUUGAUUCCGGUUGUGGAUGGCCAGCAUUCUUUGACGCCAUACCCGGUGCCGUGACCCGUCACGUCGACAAUACGUAUGGAAUGGAGCGCACUGAGAUUGUUUGUUCGAAUUGUGGAGGUCAUUUAGGUCAUGUCUUUAAGGGAGAAGGGUUUCCGACGCCAACCGAUGAACGCCAUUGUGUGAACUCUGUCUCGAUGCGAUUUACAGACAAAUGAAGCCUUUUACACUACUGAGACUUGAUACGAUGACAUACAAGACAAAGAAUAGGCAGCAGAACAUGUAUAUCCAUGGGUGAUGGCCAUUUAAACGGAUAUUAGCAAAGACGAAUAGGAAAUUAGCAUAUGUGUAUAUAGUCAGUCAAAUGGGAGCAACCAUCUCCCACAAGAACAUGUAAUGGAUCUGGCAAUAUCCCCUUCUUCAUCGCCAGUUUCUGCCGAGGUUGAGAAACACUGACCCUCUAUUCGGAUAAACUUGCUCGUCUUAAACGAGAAAUCUAAUAUAUUGGACCACACCGAUCAAGCC